AUGUUUCGAUAUGUUUCCUUUUGUCUCAUCAAAUCUAUCUAUCUAUCUAUCUAUCUAUCUAUUUAUCUAUCUAUCUAUCUAUCUAUCUAUCUAUCUAUCUCACUCACACACUCUCUCUCUUUCUCUCUCUAUAUAUAUUCGGGUCUUAUCUAUCUAUCUAUCUAUCUAUCUAUCUAUCUAUCUCAGAAUGUACCUUUCUAUCUCUCUAUCUAUCUAUCUAUCUAUCUAUCUCGGAAUGUUCCUUUCUAUCUGUCAACCACUUUUCCUUAUCUAUCUAUCUAUCUAUCUAUCUAUCUAUCUCAGAAUGUUCAUAUCUGUCUAUCUCAGUCUGUUCCUUAUCUAUCUAUCUAUCUAUCUAUCUAUCUAUCUAUCUAUCUAUCUAUCUAUCUAUCUCAAUCCGUUCCUUUCUAUCUAUCUCAGUUUUUUUAUAUCUAUCUAUCUAUCUAUCUAUCUAUCUAUCUAUCUAUCUAUCUCAGAAUGUUCCUAUCUAUCUCAGUCUGUUCCUUAUCUAUCUAUCUAUCUAUCUAUCUAUCUAUCUAUCUAUCUAGAUAG